GUAAUUUGUAAGGUUGUUGUGAGCAGUUGUGAGUAACUGGGCACUUUUCUACAGUCGAUCACAGCAAGUCACUGAACAUCAAGCUUAUUUAAAGAAUCAAAAUACACUUGUAGUUUUCAGAAUUCAAGUUAUAGAUCAUCUACAACAAUAUGUCACAUACAGUUACUGUCAGGACUGCAACAGUCACAACAUCAACUUCAGCAAUUAUUAUCAACACAGGAUUCAUGAAGACUUAUCGUGGAGCAUUGAAACUUCUCGAAUUGAUUUUGGGAAUAGUAUGUGUCGUGCUAGUAUGGAUGGCUCGUGGUAGUUCUUAUUAUCAUAGUGAACAUUUAUUUUUCCUACUCAUGGCAACAACAUUUGCAAUUGCAACUUUUGCGAUUGUCCUAAGUUGUCUUCUGUCAAUAUCAACAGAUUCAAUUUUAUCUAAAACAAUAUUUGAACCAAUUUAUCAUGCAAUCGCAUUUGCACUGGUAUUCGCAGCUUCAAUAAAUCUUUUAGUAAAAACUCAAAAUAAUAAUAGAGAUGAACUUCUUCUAAUUGCAUCAAUUCUUGGUACUAUAAAUGGAGUCCUGUAUCUUUUCAGUACUAUUCUUGGAUCUCGUUCAUAUCGAGGUCUUUAAAUUAUCGAUUCAAGAUGACCUAUAUAUUUGUGAUUAAUAAUCAUAAAAAAAAAAUAUUUAUAACUAUUUUUAAUCAAAAUUUUAAACACUACAAAAAAUGAACAAAUUUAAAAAACACCUGAAAUAUUAUACCUUCAUUAUUUUUGAAAAAUUGUACUUAAAUUAAAAUCCAUUUUUAUACAAACAUACAAUUUUUUUAUAUCCAAACAUUUGUAAACAAUAUGAUGAAUUUUUAAUUAUUAAUUUAUAUAACUACAUUGUUAAACACAAAUAAAAAUUAAAGUCUGAAA